ACUUAUAAUGUUUAUACAUAGACAUUUGACAUAAAAAUUGUUAUAUAUACGUUAGUUUUAAAUGUCAUAUGUCAUUUUCCAUCAUUUAUUUAGUUCUGUACUAUCUAUGUUACAUUAAAGAAACUAAAGCUGUCUUAAAACCGCUCCUCUUGGUUAAAAUACGUGAAAAUACGGUUUGUGACUGAUUUGAAUUGCUUUCCUUAAACAUUAACGCAAUAGUUAAUAAAGUUUUACUGAUGUUUAACAAGAUAACAUUAUAUUUUUAUUCCCGUGCGCGGGCCCGCGCGGUUCGGAAAACUAACGUUAAAUGUUACCUCCAGCUCCCUCACGCCAUACCCGGGCACUUUUCACACACUUUUGCUGGUAACAGCAAAAGAAAGGUCCACGCGUGUGAGGGAGCUGCUUCGUUUAUUUAUGUAACACAGCCAUACGUCGUGCUUUUUUUGCUUGCUUGAUUCAACAUCAAAAGAAAAAACGCCCGUUGUAUAGCACUAACAAGUGCCCUUUCUAGAUAAUUAAACACCUGCCAUUCGCCAUUUUCUUCCAUCGCGAGCAGGAGUGGUGGUGAGGUUCACGUGCUAUUUCUGCGUGAGGCGAUUAUUCUGACUAAAUUCGAAUUUAGUCAGUGUGUUUAAUCGCAUCACGACAGAAAGUUUUAGUUAAUGAUCAUAAUUUAUCAAAUUUAGAACGAACGUUACUCGUAGCAUGUCUUUGUGUGAGUGUGUGUGCGUGCUUGCGUGUGUAAUUUAGCUUCGUUAACUAACGUAUAGUUGCAUCUUUUUUUAUAGGAAUCAACAGCUUCUUGAGGCUCAACGUUCAAAUAUUUCUCCUUCGGGUAAGUGGGAGUUACAUGUGAAGUUAUAAAUUUAGACUCGAGAGUUAUGAAUUCUGCCAAUGUUGAUAGAAAAUGCCAUUUGCAGAUAAGCUAAUUGCUUUCAGAAGUCAUGCUAGAAAGUUUACGAACACUAGUUGUAUGUUUAACUAUCUAUAAUUUAUUAAACGUGUUCAUAGGAUUAAGUUCAUAGGAUAUUGGGGCACCUAAAAGUGCGUUUGUUAAACAGGGUAGAACGAUAUUGCCGUCAUCAUGACAAGUGUGAAAGGCAGUAUGUACAGUUAGAAGCCUUUCAAGCCUUAAAAGAACGAUUGAAUACACAACAACUUCAGUUUCAGAAGACGCAUGUUGUUGAUACAAAAAUGAUAAUUAAGGUGCAGUAUGAAAAUCGCAAGAAAUACAUCAAAUUACAGGCUGCUGAUUUUGAUGAAUUCAUUUCUGAAGUGAGAGAAAAGUUCUCCAUUCCUGCUAGCAACAUUACAGUGGAAGAUGACUCUGGCACGGAGGUGGAUGAAACUGUGUUUGCAGAAUUGUCUGCAGUGGCAGGGAUUUGCUUUGUUGUGAAGGACGGUUUGGAUCACGACACAUCUCGGUCAUCAACUCCAUCUGCACCGCUGUCAUACAGUGGGAGUUCCCUCUCUGUUUUGAGUAGUGGCAGUGACAGUGACUUGUCAAGACAACCCAAACGAAUGAAAAUUGAUGAAGAGCCAUUACAGAGUGCUUUGGCCAAAGAUCUUAUAAAGCAGAUCCUCCAAACAAAAUCAGGAGGGACAAAAGUGUUGGAAGAAUAUGACGAAACUGGGACAUUGUGUGACAGUACAAGAAGGCAAAUGGUUAACAUUCUUGCUGCCUACAUGGUUGAAAUGGAAGGGAGAAUCCCUCAGCGGAGUACUAAAGAAAAAUAUGCAUUGGGAAUUGUCACCUUGUUCCCUGCAUUAAAAGAUCCCUUUUCAACAAAAGGAUAUGAACAUUUUUAUGAUGGCCAAAGUGGCUCUGGAUUUCUUGCGUGGAGGUUAAAGACAAUUCAACGAAAGACUAAAAUUGAGUUCAGAGAGUUUAAAAUACAGAAUGCAGGAGCAGGUGGUCCAACCCAGGAAAGGGAGCUGCCUUCGGCUGCUGAUCAGUUGGAUGAAGAACGUUGUAAAGAGUUAAUUUCCUUAAUGAACCACACCACUGACCGAGAAACUGUCCUGCAAAAGAUGAAGGAGACCUUCUGCUAUAGACAGCGCCUUAUCUACAAUCCUGACGAGUCGCACAACAUCCUCACAGUGUUUCCAAGGCUGUUGGACACGAAAGGGCUGAUAGAUCAAGAUUUUAGCCUCCUAUUUGGUGCAGAAACAGCUGCCAAACUGCUUGAGAAGUGGCCUACCUUCUAUAAGGAAAAAGUGAUCAGAGAAGCAGAGAGACUUACUACCACCUCAGUGCUCCAAAGCUUGCUGAAUUCAGCCAGGAAUCUGUACAAUGAUGAGUCUUCCGAGGAUCAUCGAGAGUGGGACAGUGAUAUGGCAUCUUUUUUGCUGCUCCUGCACCUUCUACCACCUCAGCCUUCUAAAAAGAAAAAACAGAAGAUCAGUGCAGCUCAGGCCAUGGAACAUCUAGUUGUGUUUCACAAGUCAAACAACAGUUUUGAAGAACACUUCGCAAAACAGGAGGGACAUCGCCAACCAUACCUCCUUGCUUCAGGAAUGCACAAGAGCGCCAUCAGCAAUUACUUUAUUGCAAUGGACAAGAUGAUCAUCCCAUGCCAGGGAACCACCUCGUUGGCAGCCAUUGAUGAACUGUUUAAAGCACACUUCGUUUUCAGUGUAAGCUAUGAUGAUGCACUCAGCAACAUGUACACAUUCCUCCAGACAACAGUCUACGGUGUAGAUGUUGACACCACUAAAGAAAGUCCAAAGGUGAAGGAGUUACGAGCAAAGUUCAUGAACAGAAACUAAAAGACUAUGUUAAAGUGCUACAUUUGCAGAACAUUGCAUGAUGCACCCAGUUCAUUAAUUCAGCACCUUAAGUUUUUUCAUGGGUUAUAUCCUGGCAAAAAGUUUGUUCUUGUUUGUGCACAAGAAGGAUGCUCAAGGCAGUUUAAAAGUUUUAAGGGUUUUAAAAUGCAUUUAAAUACUUGUCAUUAUACUACAGAUCUUGAUGCAAGCAGUGAUGUUAUGCAAGUACCACAUCAGUCAGACUUUGGUGAACAGAGCUCACAACACAACUGCUCUGUAAUGGACCAAGAUGCAAUCAACGAACCAUCAACAUCUCUUAUGUCAAAAGACCAAGCAAAAGAUAUGUGCGCGUCAAUUAUUGCAAAGUUAAAGGGCAGUGGCGUUGCAAACAGUGUAGUGUUAUCUGUUGUUGAAAGUAUGGAGGAGUAUGUUGAUGAAAUUCAUGCAAAUCUUGAAGAACAAGUGCUCAGUGCUUUACCUGCUGAAAAUCAAAUAAGAAGUGCAGUAAAAGAUGUCUUUAGCAAUGCUUUCAAUCCAUUUAGUGACUUAAACACAAAUUCCAAAAUGACAAAAUACUUCAGUGAAAAAUGGGGUGUUGUUGAGCCAAUUGAGAUUCAUUUAGGAGUGAGAUUUGAUUCAAAAAGAAACAAAAAAUCUGGAGUAUAUGAACAGGUUCCAGUAAAUGACACUUUCAUUUAUGUACCCCUGUUAAAAACGCUAGAAUUUAUUUUCAAAAAUCCAGAAGUGUGUAGUCAUAUUAAUAAACCUCCUGCAACAGAUUGUAACUUAUACCAAGACUUCUGUGAUGGAAAAUACUACAAGCAUCACGCACUGUAUUCUAAGUCACAAAAUGCUUUGCAAAUUCAAGUUUAUUAUGAUGACUUUGAAACCGCAAACCCUCUUGGGUCAAAACAUGGGGUUCACAAGCUUGGAUGUUUAUAUUUUACAGUCCGAAAUUUACCACCACGUUUAAAUUCGUCUUUGAUGAACAUUCACCUCAUCUCUUUGUUUCAUUCCCAAGAUUCCAAAAAAUAUGGCAUUGACAAAAUUCUUUGUCCAUUUGUUGAAGAUGUAAAAGUGCUAGAACAACAUGGAAUGAAAGUGUCAUUUACUGAACAACCUCUUUAUGGUACAAUUGCUCAAGUAACAGGGGACAAUUUAGGUCUGAACUCAAUCCUUGGUUAUGUGGAAUCUUUCUCUGGAAACUACUUUUGCAGAAUGUGUCUUGCUGACAAAGGAUUGGCUCAAACAAUGUUUAGUGAAAAUGAUCCACGUAUGGUUUUGCGCAGCAGAUUGACAAAUGAGGAGCAUUACAAUUAUCUUCGUGAGAAUCCGAGGGAAACGUCAUGUUUUGGCUUGAAACGCAACAGUAUAUUCAAUUCUUUGUCAUACUUCAGUGUUUCAGAUAAUUUUGUUUUAGAUAUCAUGCACGAUGUCUUAGAGGGCGUGGCACAAUAUGAGAUUAAGUUGUUGUUUGGUUAUUUGAAUCAGAACUUCAUUUCUAAUGAAAACAUACUCCAGCGUGUAUAUGCAUUCAAUUAUGGUUUCAUGGACAAAAAGAACCGUCCAACACGCAUAAACCUGUCUAGUAGUGGCAACAGUAUUGGACUUAACGCUAGUCAAACAUUAUGCCUUAGUAGAAACCUCCCACUAAUCUUCGGUGAUGUGGUCCCAGAAGGUGACAGACACUGGCAUUUACUUCUGCUUUUAAUCCACAUAGUAAACAUAAUAUUUUCCCCAAGUAUUACAGAUGGAAUGAUUGUAUUUCUAAAACAUCUUAUUCGAGAGCAUCACCAGCUAUUCAGUGAAUUGUAUCCCCAAAAUAAUUUGAUACCAAAACACCAUUUCAUGAUUCACUACCCUGAGUGUAUACGCCAAAUUGGUCCUUUAGUUCAUGUUUGGAGUAUGCGAUAUGAAGCAAAACACAAAUUCUUUAAGUCCAGUUUGAAAAAUUUCAAGAACAUAACUAAGUCCCUUGCGAUGAAACACCAGAUAGCUGUUGCAUACCAUUGGGAGUCACUCUUUACAAAAGGGAUUGAAUCUGGGCCUGUUAAAUCAAAGAAACUGACUGAUGUUGACAAUGGUCAUUUGAUUGCAGAACAUUUUCAGAUUGAUAUGUUAAGUGAAGUAAAUAUCACUAGUUGGAUUAAACAUGAAGACGUUGAGUUUCACACAGGUCUUGUUGUUUGCACAGGUGUUGUUGAAGAAUUGCCAGUGUUCAACAAAAUUGUUUGUAUAUUUCUGAGGAAUGAAGCUUAUUUUUUGGUAACGGAAAUGGAGACCUCAUUUGUGGAACAUUUACAUGCAUUUGAAGUUACUGAAAACAUGCAUAAUGUUUCAGUUGUUAUGCCUCAUGACUUAAGAUUCUUUAAGCCUUUUGAUGUACAAAUGGCUUAUGGUGCAGACUCUUUGUUUUAUGUUGUACCAGACUGCUGCAUUGUGUAGAUUGCAAGAUAAUGUUUUAAGUUUUGUUUCAGGAGAUUUUAUGUACAAGGUCAUUGUACAGAGUGUUUUAAGUGUAAUGUAAAACCAUGUUAAAGAAAAUAAAAUGUAUUCAUUGCAGCACA